AUUAAUCAGGCAGUAUGUAUAAUUGAAGCAGUUAAAUUCCAUACUUAUGGAGGUUCAGAGCAGCGGAACUCCUCCUUCGGCGGCUGAGGGGGCUGAAAGUUGUUCGGCUCUGGACAUGAUAGAGGAGCUAGAUUUGCGAGAGGAUGAAGGGAAAGAGGAAGAUGGAGAAACCAGCGAGGUUUCUGAAGAUGGAGAAUCAGAGAGAGAAGAAGACUACAAUUUUCAAUUCGAAGGCGAAAUGGACCCCCUCUCUUUUGUCGAGGGCGAAGACUCCUCGCGUGUGCCGCUUUACGAGGUUUUCCAGCAGAUUGAGGACCAAUACAAGGCUUUGGCGGCGAAGAAACGCCCAUCUCCUCACGAGAAUGAGAGUGAAACACUGGCUAAGAGAUUGAGACAAGAGGAGGAGAAUGCUGGAGCGACCCGCGAGGAAAUUGAGGAGGCUAUGAACUUUGGUGUUAGGAAGAGGAGGAGGAGGUCGAGGAAGGAGAGGCGAAGAGGAAGGAGGAAGGGAACAAAGAACAAAUUGAAUCCUGAAGUGACUAGAAAACUUGGCGAUGCUACACUUCAUUAUGCACAAGGUUACUUUGACAAGGCCAUUUGUCUGUUGCAUGAAGUAAUUCGUCUUGCCCCAAAUCUUUCGGAUCCAUAUCAUACACUUGGUCUGAUAUAUUCUGCGACGGAUGAUAAUAAGAAAGCAAUGAUUUUUUACAUGAUUGCUGCGCAUUUGAAUCCGAAGGAUGCUUCUUUGUGGAAACUUCUUCUUGCGAAAUCAAUAGAGCACGAAGACAUAAAGCAGGCCUAUUAUUGCCUCAACAAAGCAAUAGUAGCAGAUCCAGAAGAUAUUGAUCUUCAUUCAACCCGUGCUUCGCUCUAUGUUGAGCUCGAAAAGUAUCAAAAAGCAGCUGAGUCCUAUGAACAAAUUGCUCGCCGCUGUCCCGAUAACAUUGAAGUUCUGCAGAAAGCGGCACAGCUGUACCAAAAAUGCAAGCAACAUGAGCGAGCUGUCAGUAUGCUGGAGGAAAGUCUCAAGCGUCAGAAGGAUGCUGCUAAUAUAGGUGUAGUUGAUCUCUUGGUGUCAGUUCUGAUGGAUAACGAUAAGUAUGCCAUAGCUCUUGAGCAUAUUGAACACACACAAAAGGUGUAUAAUACUGGAAAACAGAUGCCACUGGAUUUAAUAACAAAAGCUGGAAUAUGCCACAUUCAUCUUGGUCAUAAGGAGAAAGCAGAGGCUUGCUUCAAAGUUCUGAAUCAAGAGGCUGCAGCUAAUAAUCCUCACCUAAUCAUCGAUGUCGCAGACUCACUCAUGAGCGUCGGGCAUCCUGAGUCUGCAUUAACGUAUUAUUUGAUGUUAGAGGAAGACUCGGAGAAGUAUAAUGGCUACCUACACUUGAAAAUUGCAAGGUGUUGUGUUUCUCUAAAGCAAAGAGGACAAGCAAUUGAAUAUUAUAAAAAAGCUAUUCGGAAACUUCAUGAUAGUGUUGAUGCACGGAUGACAUUAUCGUCUAUGCUUCUUGAAGAAGGAAGAGAUGAUGAAGCAAUUUCUGUGCUUUCUCCUCCAGUAGAAUCAGCAGAUCCCGACUCAAAAUCAGACCCACGGAAGUUGUGGCACCAUAGUGGAAAGAUCAAGUUAAAGCUUUCUCAGAUCUAUAAAUCUAAAGGGUUGGUUGAGGCUUUUGUGGACGUGCUUUUUCCAGUAAUUCAUGAGACAUUGCUUGUCGAACAAAACCAACGGAAGGCCAGAUCCCGUCCACGGCUGACUGGUAGUGUUCUUUCAGAAAGGACGGAAGUUCUGAAAGAUCCUAACUCCGACAGAGUGCUUCUUGGACUUCCUCCUUUAGCUUCUUCUGCAGCUCUGUCCAAAGCUGCCAGAGCAAAAAAGGUGCUCCAGAAAAAGGCUGCACUCAAAGAAGCGAAACGAGCUGAAGCAUUGGCUGCUGGAUGUGAUUAUAACAGUGAUGAUUCAGACGAUGAAUCUCAGCAAGUGUCUAUGGAGUCUCCUUUGCCAGGCUUUUUGAAUGAAGAGAAGAAUCAUCUGUUGAUUGUAGAUUUAUGCAAGUCAUUAUCUUCAUUGAGAAGGUAUUCGAGUGCACUAGGGAUUGUAAAAAUCAGCUUAAAACUGGAUGCAUUACCUGUUCAAAUAAAGAAGGAGCUUCGGACUAUUGGAGCUCAAUUAGAAGCUUUAAUUGCUGAUCCUGCACACGGGUGGGAUUUAGUACGUGACUUUGUAAGUCGAGACCCUUACAGUUUUUCUGCUUGGAAUCACUGCUACAAAGUAAUACUCAGAAUGAAUCGACUAUCAAGACGCAACAAACUCCUUCAUUCCAUGAGAGUGAAACACAAAGAUUCUAUACCACCUAUUCUUAUUACCGGUCACCAGUUUACUAUGAUCAGUCAGCAUCAGACUGCUGCUCGAGAAUACUUGCACGCCUAUAAACUGAUGCCUGACAAUCCCUUGAUCAACCUUUGUGGAGGAACUGCCUUGAUAAAUUUGUCCCUUGGCCUCCGACUUCAAAACAAGCACCAGACUUUCUUACAAGGGCUCGCGUUCCUCUAUAACAACUUGCGCCUUUGUGGAGACAGUCAGGAGGCAUUGUACAACAUUGCUCGGGCGUACCAUCAUGUUGGCCUUGUUUCUUUGGCUGCUCAAUACUACGAGAAGGCACUGACCACCCGCGAAAAGGAUUAUCCCAUUCCAACGCUCCCGUAUGAGAAUCAAAAUGCCACCAAGAUCAAAAUGCCAGGCUACUGUGAUCUUCGUCGCGAAGCAGCUUACAAUCUUCAUUUGAUAUAUAAGCAAAGUGGGGCAUUUGAUCUUGCUAGACAGGUCUUGAAAGAUCAUCUUGUGUUAUGAUAGUAUAGUUUUUAUGCAGAGAAACUAGGAUAGAACAAAGCAAACUAAAUGUUUUAGUUAACACUUGAAUCUUUUAUUUAUUUUGUAAUCCCCUUUUUUUCCCAUAUAUAUGUAGCUUUGCCAGUCUCUA